AUGGAAAACUUGAAUGACGAUAGCUCGAUAUAUACUCCUCAAGUAUCAGAUGAGUUGAGGCCACAAAAGGGGCAAGAAUUUGACACAAUUGAUGAUGUUGUGACAUUCUACAAUGCUUAUGCAAAAGCAGCUGGGUUUAGUGUAAGGGCUUGGACUACUCAGAAAGAGCCGGGAUGUGGUAAAAUAAGAAGGAAGGAGUAUCAUCAACAAGUUAGUUUUCUUGGAGUACAAUCUAGAGGCAUAGAAAAUAUUGGGUGUACUCAAAGAGAUUUGUAUAAUCAUGAAAGGGAUAUACGUGCUGAUUUGAAAGGGCAUGAUGGUGAAAUGUUUUAUGAGUAUUUAAAAUUAGAACAAGGAAAGAAUCCCUCGUUUACUUUUAAAAUUGAGGCCAAUGAGGAACAAAUGAUUACUCGUUGUUUUCGGUCCGAUGCAAUUUCAAGGUGGGCUUACAAUUUUUUCGGUGAUGUUGUAAUCUUUGAUACCACUUAUAACACUAAUCGAUAUGGCCUAAUAUUUACGCCAAUAAUGGGGGUUAACAAUCAUGGUCAGACAAUCCUUUUUGCUUGUGGAUUUUUAAAUCAUGAGAGCGUUGAUGAUUUUGUAUGGUUAUUUAAUCAGUUUUUGGCAAGUAUGCCUGGUGGUGCCCCGAAGAUGAUUAUUACCUAUCAAGAUCCAGCUAUGACUAAGGCAUUCCCUCUUGUUCUUCCAAAUACAUUUCACAGGUAUUGUAGUUGGCAUAUAUUAAUGAAGUUUUCUGAGAAAAUUGAUGCAGUGAAGUAUAGUAUUUAUAAGAGUGAGUUUUCGGCUUGCAUUUGGAAAUCAGAGACUCCUGAAGAAUUUGAUAUACAAUGGGAAAGUUUGAUUAAGAAGAGUGGGUUAGAAGGAAACAAAUGGUUGCAAGACCAAUAUGAACUUCGGUCAAGAUGGAUUCCAGCAUAUGUUAAUCACGUAUUCUCAGCUGACAUGUCAAGUAGUCAACGAGCAGAAAGUGGACAUGCAUUUUUUAAGAAAUUUGUUUCGAAGAAUAAUUCAUUGGUGGAUUUCAUGAUUCAGUUUGGUAGGGGACUAGUGCGCCAACGUCACGAGGAGUUGAUGGCCGAUCACAAAGAUGUAAUUGAGAAACCUAAACUUAGAAUAAAUCAUGACUUUUUGGAGCAAAUGGUUGAUAUUUACACGAAUGAGAUGUAUUACAAGUUUGAGGGUGAAGUGUGUGAUAGCUUUAACUACAAGUUGCAAUGUGUUAGGGAAACCGACAAUUAUUAUGUGUAUCAAAUUCAAAGAAAGAAGCUUGCAGGAAGUAAAGUCCAUGAAAUCGUUUAUGACAAGGACUUGGAUUUGGUUUAUUGUAGUUGUAAAAAAAUCGAAAGCGCCGAAAUCCCAUGUACACACAUUAUCUCAUAUUUGAUGAAGUUUGAUGCUGAAAUAUUGCCCGAUAAAUACAUCUUAAAGAGGUGGACUAAGUCUGCAAAAUCAGGAACAGUGGUUGAUAACCUCUGA